AUGGCUGUGCUGUGCGUCCUGGCCGUGGUGCUCUCGUCCAUGGGCGCGCUGCUCCUCGGUUUGGCCUUCACGACCAUCCCCUGGACGAUCGAACCCGGCUUGAUCGUGUUCCAGUCCGACAGCGACCGGACGGCGUACGUGGCCGAGUUGGCGAGCGGCGGCGUCGCCCUCGGCCUCGGUUGCGGCUGCGCAGCCAUCCUCGCGCUCCGAUGCUGCUGCGGCUCACAUUCAUUGCUCGCCUGA